GAACCAGACCGAAAUAAACCGAACCGGGAUAAAUUUAAUUUGAUAUCGGAAAUUUAUUCAAACCGGAGGAAACCGAACGUUUCGCGAAACGUUUCCUUUUCUUUUUUUUGUCAAACGCGUUCAGUUACUUUUUAAAUUCUUGUCACUCUCCCCUCUUGAAGAUCACACACUUUCUCCAAAACGCCGGCUCAAAAGUCUUCAAUCUCUCUGUUCGGGUAAAUCAAUCACACAUCUCACGGAGAAGAAGAGGAUUCAACACAAAGGAGAAAGAAAAACCUUUUAAAAAUGGAUAUUUUUAACAGAAAAUUUCUUCUGUUUCUAUUCAUUAUACUUUUAGAUUCUUCAAUAUUAUCCCACAGCUGGGGAUGGUUCUCUUCUUCUGAACAAAACACAGACUCUUCCUUCUCACGGCCUAUCAAAUCCAACCCCGAGUUCUCCAUAGAAGUUUUCAACGACCAGAAGGCAGUCCAAGUCCUUGAAAACGCUAAAAACCAGCUCGUAGGUCCAAGCAGCUGCUGGCAAACUGCAUAUAGUUACCUUAUCUCUGGCUGCAAGGACAUGGUUGCUACAGAAGAACAGAGGAAGAGAUUUGCUUGGCAUCUGAGUGAUUGCUUCCAGAAGGAAUCAGGAAGACCGGAGUUCCCCACGUGCAAUGAUAGAUCAACAAUGAUAAGUUGCCUCAAGAAGUUAGAUGAUCAUGAGCACAAGAUCUAUUUAGAGUUCAUGCUUGAGACCAACACCAUCUGCCAACAACUACAGAGUCAUGCAUUGAAGAAUGAGAUAGAGAGGCUUGUGAAUGAUUUAAAGAGAACAGCACAGAGUACAGAAGAGAAACUUGAUAUCCUAGAGAGCAAAUCAGAUGAUCUGUUGCAGAGUACGAGCAAGAUUCAUGAAUCUUUAGGGUCAGUAGAUGUUGUGGUUAAGAACGUGGCUCACACGACAACUACAAUAGGAACUCAAGUGAGUGGCUUGUCUCAGCAAACCAAAGAUAUCUAUCAAGAACAAAAAGGCAUUACAGAAUCACAGUUAGCGUUAAAGGAAGGUCAAGAGAAGAUGGGAGAAGCCAUGAAGAUUGGAAUGGAGAUGUUCAACGAUACCGUUACUGACGUCAAAGAAGGUGUUGAUAAAUUGAAGAACGACACAAAGCAAAUAGGUGGUGAGAUAAACGUUCUUGGAGAGAAAAUGACGUCCAAAAUGUCUGCUUUGGAGAAUCAAACAAGUGCCAUUGGGACUAUCACGAACACUACGUUGGAUAAACAGCAGAAGCUUUUAGACGGUCAAUCCGUAGCCAUCGAGAGUAUACAGUCUCUUAACCAGUUUCAGAGCGAGGCACUGCAAGAGAGUAGGAGUACACUGCAACGUUUCGUCGAGUUUAGCCAAGAGCAACAGGAAGAUCUUGCGAAGCGGCAAGAGGAGCUUCAACAGGUUCAUGAUCACUUGUUUGAGAAUUCUAAAUCGAUGCUUGCAGCUCAGGAAGCGUUUGAGGCGAAGCAGGCGAGCAUGUUUGUGGCUUUGGAUAAGCUGUUUGCUUUGCACAAUGCGAUGCUUGUUGAGUCCAGGGUGAUCAAAGCUUUCUUCAUCUACUUCUUGUCGAUCUUUGUCAUCUACAUGUUUACCAGUACGAAGCAAACUUACAUCAUAAGGCCAAGGCUUUACAUUGGUUUGUGCGUUACCUUAGCAUUAGAAGUGGCAAGUUUGCGUUACGUGAAUGAUGCAGAACACAGAGCAUGGGUUAUAAACGUUAUCAGGUCUAUCUUCGCUGCUCUUGCUUCAGCUCAGCUUCUUCAUGCUGCUUUUACAUACAGGGACUAUGAAGUACUAAACCACGAUAUUCUCUUAAGAUUAGUAGAUAAGGUUAACAGCAUGCAAAGCAAGAGAGACCUUUCGUGGGAUGAAGAUAGUGCGAGCGAGGUUGAUUGGAAUUCUUGGAUUGAUACAGAUAUAGUUGAUGAUGGUGACAGUCUCAGAGAUCCUGAUUACAAGAUUCCAGAACAGAUCAUGGAUAGUUCGGUGUUCACCUCAUCAUCAAGAUUGUACAAUCUCCGUGCUCGAUAA